UAUCCUCUGAAGAGAUACUCAUCUCUUCUCAAUCGACAAUACUUUCUUUACGAGAUUAUUAGGGGAAGCAAAGUUUCGCAGGAAAUCUAGAAGCAAUCAAGAUCUCCAGAAAGAAUCACCGUCUUUGUUUCGCCAGAUUCUCUCUCAGGUAAGAAGUUGAAUUGAGAUUCAAAAUAUGAGACCCGUACUCGCCUUCUAAUGUCACUGUUUCGGAUCUUCAUUAAUCAGGACGACGACGAUAUGGCGACAUCGAAGAAAGUGAUAACGCGUGAAGAGUGGGAGAAGAAGCUAAACGCUGUAAAGCUUAGGAAAGAAGACAUGAACACUCUCGUCAUGAACUUCCUUGUCACUGAGGGUUAUGUUGAAGCUGCUGACAAGUUCCAAAGGGAGUCUGGCACCAAACCAGAGAUAGAUCUUGCAACCAUCACUGAUCGAAUGGCUGUUAAAAAGGCUGUUCAAAACGGCAAUGUCGAGGAUGCUAUUGAAAAAGUUAAUGACUUGAAUCCUGAGAUACUAGACACAAACCCCGAGCUCUUCUUUCAUCUUCAGCAGCAAAGGUUGAUUGAACUUAUUCGUCAAGGCAAGACUGAAGAAGCCUUGGAGUUUGCUCAGGAGGAACUUGCUCCACGUGGCGAAGAAAAUCAAGCGUUUCUGCAAGAACUGGAAAAAACUGUAGCUCUGCUUGUUUUUGAAGAUGCCUCUAACUGUCCUGUUAAAGAUCUUCUCGACAUCUCCCACCGUCUUAAGACAGCAAGUGAAGUGAACGCAGCAAUUCUUACAAGCCAGAGUCAUGAAAAAGAUCCGAAACUUCCAAGCUUGUUGAAGAUGCUGGUUUGGGCUCAGAACCAGCUGGAUGAAAAAGCAGUGUAUCCGCACAUCAAUGAUUUGUCUACUGGCCAGCUCCAAGACCCGUCUGAAUAAUUUUGUACCUGCUAAAGGGAACAACAAUCAAAUGAUAUGCCCUCUCUCCCAUUUCAAUUUCAAUAAGUCAAGGUUCAUUAUGUUUUAUUAGCGAAUGCUUUCUUCUUUCCCUUUUUCUUCUGCAUUGGAUGGAAUUGUUUAGGAUAUGUGCAAGGGAACAUAAUACGCUCUAGUCAAAUGUUGUGAUUGUCAACA